UCUUCCUGCUGGCCAUCCACCUGGUUGUCGGAGGACCUGCCUGGAGCCAGACUGCUAAGUGUGGAGUACCUGGCGCCAGUGUCGGCAUGGGAGGUACGGCACGUCGGCGAGUCACUUCCUCUGGAGGAUAAUGUAAGCCGGGUGAUGAGCCAGCUGGCCGCUGCGGGAGUGGGUACUGGUCAGCGGCCCGUCGUGUUCGUGGCGCACUCCAUGGGGGGUCUGCUGGUGAAGGAGAUGCUGGCGAGGAGCCUGGACCAGGCGGCGUCAGGUGGCCCUCACGCCGCACUGGCCCCCUCCACGCGGGGCAUCGUGUUUUUCGGUACACCGCACUUUGGAAAUGCGAUAGCGGCCAUGGGCUGGAAGCUGCGCCACGUG